UUCGAAUAUUGAAACGAAUGGACUGCAUUAGUCGAACAGUCACGAGAUGCAAGGUGAACGGGGUGAGUCAGCGGGGCCUUCCGCCACAGCCUCCACCUAUCAUCGGCGUAACGUUCCCCGCAUAUGAGACGGAGCUUCAUAGCGUAGGGCAACGACGCGACCGCAUCAAUUUGACCUAUUGGAGUACCAUUGUAGGAUCCAUUUGUGACGAUGGGUCGCGCAGAAGAUAGCAGCGGGCGCGACCGGGGUGCUGUCUCACCCACAGUGUCGUCGCCACAACCUAUCGAUGCGGCUGAUUGCGGCUUUCCGCUUGACGUCUUUCGUCAAAUGGAAGCUGGCCACAAGAAGUUCCUUCGUGAGCUUGAGGAAGAUGGCAGGCGUUCGCAGGAACAAGAUCACAGACCAUCCGCGCUAAACCGAAGCUUCUUCGUGACGUUCAAAGACUUUGUCGACAAUACAGCAAGCAGCCUGGCCGACAGCUUCCGAAGCUUUCCCACGAACGUGGCCGAGUUAAAAGCAGCUAUGCAAGCCGACCGUGAGCGUAGGAGGCAAGAUGUGAAGGAAAUGUGGUGGCGGUGGACGGGUCUUGAUCUGUCGCCGGAUCAUUGUCAGAUGCUUCGCGAUCGUGCAUCGCCUGGUGUGCAGCAGGAGGCCAAAGAGGCGACACUGAUGCUGCUGAAGGAGGCGCGCAGGAAGAAUGCGCACGUAUCUCAGGAGAAAGUUGCUGCCUUGUACCGAGACACUACGGCCUUCGGGAGUCUUUUCGACCAUUCCAGCCCGAUGCUAUCCCCGGGCGGCGCAUGCUACUAUCAAUCAGACAGCGGCUACAACGCACCAUCCACGGCGAUUUGGAGGGCUGGACGACCAGAUCAUCCGUGGCUUAGCACUGACUGGUUCAAGUGGAGCUCAUAUUCUCCCGUCCACUUGCAGUGCCCUCUUUCUAUCGGCCACGCGGACGAAUCUUCAUCGACAUCCUCAAUGAAAUGGCGAGCGGCUUUUGAGGAUCUGCUGCUCGCUACCCUGGACAAGCCGCUGGAAGGGCUUGAGCGGAUUGGGUAUCGGCCUCCGCAUGGACGCCUCACUUCUAACUUACGCGGUCCAGGGCUCGACUGGAUGCUGAGUUUACAAUGCAGAGGUAUCUUGCCGCCGCAGCUACCAUCCUAUUGGAACAGCUUUAGUCGUAACGGCAUACAUCAUGCGCUCACAGAUCACUAUCUGGAGUCAGAAAUGAAGCCGAACUUAUGGGGCCGCUCGGAUAUGCAAAGGCUUCUUGAGGAAGUCGCGACGCCGUCUCUGCCGGUGGAACCAUCUCCACCUGUGACUGAGCUGGACUUCCAGGAGCAUUUAGACUCCCUUGGCACGACGGAGGCGAACAGAUGCCGGCAGCCACGAUCGGACGCUGUGAAGUUGCCGCCACAGUUUCCAUCUGCCGUGGACCGUCCGGACGAUCUGGACAAUGAGUAUAGUCGUUACCAGGAAACAGAGCGUAUGCAAAAUCGAAGUGAGCGUUUCUUGCAGGAAAGCGAGGCGCUGCAGCUAGAUGCGCCCAAGUUUUCACCGCAACCGUCUCUGCCGCCUAGUUUCGUUGAGAACACCUCCUCUAGCAGUCUUGCAACCGAGCAGCCUCCAGCGAAGGUUGAUGUCUUGUCUUCGCUCACGACGACACAGACGACACGAUACCCGGAUGGCACUGUGACCAGCAAGGUCGUGCUGAAGCAACGUUUCGCAGACGGGCGGGAAGAGACCUCUGAGAAGGUGCACACAUAUCAGGAGUCUUCCCGGCCGCAAGACUUGGUCACCCAGCCUGAGACGGCGAAGUCAAGCGAGAAGGGUGGCUGGUUCUGGUCCUGAGGUGGCUGGUUCUGGUCUUGAGGUGGCUGCAGGCUUUGACGACAAUGACGCAAGCUAAAAGGUAAUGGUGUUUGGGACUAUUUUGUGCCUCAUUGAUUACAACGACGAGUGCAGGCUCAGGACGCACUCUCCUGCUAUGCCCCGAGACCCCACACAAGCUGCUCACGUGCCUUCAUGUACCCCAGUCACUAGUUAAAUCUUGAUGGUAGGAAGGCGGGGAGAGCUCUAGUUCGGGAGCUCAGCUGUCGCGUGACGAUGGAUCACAAUGGAAUAUACACCACUCCUCUGAAUGAUUUGCAGUUUCCUGCUCCUCUUAGUGACAAGACCUUGG